AUGGGGUCGUACGUCCCGUCCAGCUGCCACACGCAGAAGAAAGAGGAUGGAGAGAAGUGCCUGUUACUGUGUGAGAACGAGUUCAUGCGGAGGACUGGAAGUGUCAGGGUGUCUCUUCGGGAUCAUCAGUGGAUAGUCAUCCCUCCCAACGCGCUGUCCUCCCAAGAGACCAUCAUGCUCGAGGCCUUCACGCUCGAUAGCGUUCCAGCAGAGGACAGGAAGACACAAGGCACCCCAUGCUCGCAGCUGUUCGAACUCUCCCCCCAUGGUGCUCGCUUCCUCAAGCCUGUCACCCUCAACUUCACCUUCGCUUUUCCCCCCGAGAUGCUGCAAGGGAAAUCGAUCCAGCUCCAAGUGCUCUACUUCGACGAUGCUACUAGGACAUGGAAGGAGCAGAAAGGUUCCAAAGUCUAUGGCUCCACCAUCUCCGUCGAGACCGAUCACUUCUCCCGCUGGGUCGUCAGCUACACCCCAGCUGACCUCUACGAGCCGGACAAGUCCAAGAGGAAAAUCUCAGCUGCUGCCUGGGUUGGUUUCGGAUUCUUGAUCGCCUUCGUCGUCCUCUGCUUGACCUUCCUGGCGGUGCGCUGGGCCCGGGGUCAGAGCAGGCAGGAAGAGAAGGAGGAGGAGCAGAAGGGGCCCAAGACGGUGUCCAACGAGGGGGUGCAAGAUGUCGAGCUGGGAAAGGAGAUCACUUCGUGA